CCGCCUUUUCUCCACCCCGCUCUCCUCAGCUGGCGAUACCGCAAUCAAAAUGGCGGCGGAGCCCAACCGAGGGUGAGCGGAGGUGUCUCGGAUCCCUGGUCUCGGGCGGAGAGAAACGGCAGGAUGGAGCGACCGUGGAGUCUCAUUUGCUAUCCCGGACUGUGAGACGGGGGAGCGGAGGCCAUGGCGGGCAUAAUCAAAAAGCAGAUCCUGAAGCACCUUUCCAGGUUCACCAAAAACCUGUCACCUGACAAAAUCAACUUGAGUACUCUUAAAGGUGAAGGCCAACUGACCAAUUUGGAGCUUGAUGAAGAAGUGCUUCAAAAUAUGCUGGAUCUACCCACAUGGCUUGCCAUCAACAAAGUAUUUUGCAAUAAAGCCUCUAUUAGAAUACCAUGGACAAAAUUGAAAACCCAUCCAAUCAGUUUGUCAUUGGAUAAAGUAAUAAUGGAAAUGAGUACAUGUGAAGAGCCACGUGCCCCUAACGGACCAUCACCUAUAGCAACUGCAUCAGGACAAAGUGAAUAUGGUUUUGCUGAAAAAGUGGUAGAAGGAAUAUCAGUUUCUGUAAACUCCAUUAUAAUCCGAAUUGGAGCAAAAGCUUUCAAUGCUUCAUUUGAGCUUUCUCAGCUGAGAAUAUAUAGUGUAAAUGCCAACUGGGAACAUGGUGACUUAAAAUUUACUCGCAUACAAGAGUCUCAGCGUGGAGAGGUGUUGACGUUUAAAGAGAUCAACUGGCAGAUGAUCAGAAUAGAAGCAGAUGCAAUCCAAAGCUCACAACAUGAAAUCAUGAGUGCUCCAGUUCGCCUUAUUACCAACCAGUCCAAAAUUAGGAUCACACUUAAAAGAAGGUUAAAAGAUUGCAAUGUGGUGGCAUCCAAACUGAUUCUGAUACUGGAUGACUUGCUAUGGGUUUUAACUGAUUCCCAAUUGAAAGCUAUGGUACAGUAUGCAAAAUCCCUUAGUGAAGCAAUAGAAAAAUCAGCUGAACAAAGGAAAAGCCUUGCUACUGAAUCCACACCGGGUUCCGCUGCCAUGUCCAGUUCUCAGCAGGUGAAAACACAGCAGACCUCAGCAGCUGUUGAUCAUAAUGAUGCAAUUGUGAAACUGUUCAAUAAUUUUGAUGUUAAAGAAACUUCUUACCAUCUAGUAAUUUCCCAUUUGGACCUGCAUAUAUGUGAUGAUAUUCAUGCUAAGGAGAAGGCUGCCAACAGGCGUAUUUCAGGAGGAGCUAUGCAACUCUCCUUUAGCCAAUUGACAGUAGACUACUACCCUUUCCACAAAGCAGGUGACAGCUGCAGCCAUUGGAUGCAUUAUAGUGAGGCCACCAAAGCCAGAAGUGGAUGGGCAGAAGAAUUAUUACAGGAAUUCAAAGGCAAUGUUGAAUUGUUGAAGCAAGCUGUGAAGGAUCAUAACGUAGAUUCUCCAGUUAAAUCCCCACCUCAUGGAUCUCCACAGCAUAUCCAAACAGGCAAAGAACCGAUGCCUCAAGGAAACACUAAGCCACUUCCUGUGACCUCUGAGCAAUCCAAGGCUAAACUGAUGUCCAGCCCUGUUGUGGUUAGGCUUGCAGAUUUUAACAUUUUUCAGGUCUCCACCGCAGAUCAAUAUCGCCGUUCUCCUAAAACUCUUAUUUCUUGUAAUAAAAAAUCUCUAUACCUCCCGCCAGAAAUGCCUGCCAUUCAUAUUGAAUUCACUGAGUACUACUAUCCAGAUGGAAAAGACUUUCCCAUUCCAAGCUCAAACCUUUAUAUUCAGCUAAAUGCUCUGCAGUUCGUUCUGGAUGAAAGGAGUAUUCUUUGGUUAAACCAGUUUAUGCUAGACUUGAAACAGAGUCUCAAUCAGUUUAUGACCAUGUACAAGUUAAACGACAAUACGAAAUCAGAGGAGCAUGUUGAUGUUCGAGUUGAUGGGUUAAUGAUAAAGUUCAUAAUUCCUUCUGAAAGAAAACAAAACCAUAAAGAUGAUCCACGUGCAAUUUCCAUUCAGAGCUCUGAAAUGAUUGCUACAAAUACUCGGCACUCGCCAAACUGCAGACACUCUGAUUUGGAAGCAGUGUUCCAAACCUUCAAAGACUAUGAAUUUUUCAGCAAAACAUUCACAGAUUUCCCAAAAUCCCCUGACUGUUUCAACCUUCUGCAUCCCAUCUUCCAGCGACAUGCUCAUGAACAAGAUACUAAGAUGCAUGAUGUCUAUAAAGGUUUUAUUGCUCCCAACUUGAAUAAAUGUGCUCUUAAAACAUAUGCUGCUUCGGAUGUCUGGGCAGUGCAUUUUUCCCAGUUUUGGAUUGACUAUGAAGGAAUGAAGAGUGGGAAAGGGCGGCCGGUAAGCUUUGUAGACUCCUUCCCACUUUCACUCUGGAUUUGUCAGCCUUCAAGGUUGGAACAGUCAUACAAUGAGUCUUCUUUCUGUGAUCAGAAGCCUCUUAACAUUCCAAAAAGUGACUCAAGUGACCUAGCAAGUCGACUGCAGCGCAAAAAACUUUUAAAGGAAUAUUAUAGCACUGAAAUAGAACCUUUGACUAAUGGAACUAACAAUCUGGACACUGCUAAUAGCACCCGGGGAUCCAAGUCUGCACAUUUUUCUACUGAUGCUGAUAUAAAUGUUCUAGUUCAUGUCCCAAAACAUGUGAGCUUGCAAAUCAAUCAUUAUCAAUAUAAUUUCUUACUGUUUCUCCAAGAAUCUCUGGUAUUACUUCUGGAAAACCUGAGGAAAGAUGUAGAAGCUGUGACAGGGAACCCAGCAAAACAGGCCAAUGUCUGCAUUGGGAUCUUGCUGAAGAGUGCAGACAUAGCUUUGUUACUCCACCCAGUGAUGCAGGGAGGCACCUGCAAGUCUCCAGUUCUAGAGGAGGGAAGUCCAGUGACAUCAGACCUCUCACCCUUGGAAAAUGAAGAAACUUCUGCAUCAGAAACUAAACUAGCUGCUGUUCAUACCGCACAGACAAACAGUUUGGAUAUGAAUGUUAUAUCACAAUGUAAAUCUAUGAAUUCUGACCUUAGCAAAGCCAUUCCGGCAGACCCUAUUUUCAAAACAGACAGAGAUACGGAUUUGCGAAGAAGUUCUGUUUCAGACGAUGCUUCCGAAAAACUUUUGGGGAAAAUUAAUGAAGAAAGUAGUAGCACUCUUUUCAGUCGAAGUGACUCAGAAGAAGUUUGUGAGUCACUAAGUGAGAAGAGUAAUGCGUAUUCCAAGGACUUGCUUAGUCUUUUAAGUUGCCGAGAAGAUUCGAUUGAGGAAUUGGUAGACAAGGAGGAUGACAGAAGUAUUUUUACAAAUAAAGAAAGUGGGACAGAAAGCUCACUUCUUAAAGCCCCUCAUUUAGAUGCGGAUAGCACCUGGCCGUCUGAAGAACAUGAAAGCAACAGAGAAAAACUUGCCUCAAGUAGAACACUUGCAUUUCAGCCUUCAUUAAGUGGAAAGCCUAAGGAACGCUGCCAGUCCAAUCUUCCUGCAUUCUCUGUUUCUUAUAAGAACAUGAAGAAAAGUCCAUCACAAGCCUCUUUGGACACCAUUUCUAUGGACAGCAUGUUGUUGGAAGAACACUAUUUGGAGAGUGAUGGAAGUGACAGCCACAGCUUUUUGGAGAAAGCUUUUUCCUCAAUGAACCCUGUAGAAAAUGCUCCCGAAGAAAGCACAGUGAUUGAGAAUUAUGGUGGAUCAUCACCAGAUGUCCUCAGCGCAGCUUCAGAAAAUGCUCAAGAUUCAAGUGAAGAAAUGAUGUCUGUCAUGCUCUUUAAAAUAUUUGGUGUUAAUGGUGAAAUUGAGAUCAGAGGUGAAGACACAGCUGUGUGCCUCCUGGUGAAUCAUGUUGUUCCAAAUCAGUUAGGUAAUAUCAGUGUUCGACAUUACCUCAGCAACCGAACAGCAGGUUCAGAUCCUAAAUCUGUGAGUGGACUAGUUAAAUCAACUCCUGAAAUUAAACUGAGAUGGGAAAACGGACCCAGUGCUGUAAUACACUCACUGCUGUCGGAAAAAAAUGGGUUUCUACAGUGUCAUGUUGAAGACAUGAGUGCUGAUUUCUUAACUUCUUCACUUAUGAACAUUGAGCGUUUUUUGGAAGAUGAAAUGGUUGCAGAAGUGAUGCCUAUGAGGAUAAAAAUUUCUAAUACCAGGAUCAACUUAACAGAUGACAGUUCCCGUGACCAGCUGACUGCUCCAGCACCAAUCCCCAAAGUGCUGCAUAUUAACCUACUAAUGGUAGAGAGGAAAGAUGAUGGCUCAUUUUGCAUCGGAGACAACCAAGCCCCUAGCAAUGAUUUAGCAAAGACUGAGACAAGAAAUGAUACAGGGGAUCAAGAUGCAAUAGGUGCCUGCAAAAAACUGAACUGUCUGUCUCAAGCCACACAGACAUCUCCCGAAAUUGCUAGAUCUCUAGAAGCUUUCAAUAUUUCAUCUGAUUUGAUCAAACAACGGCUGAUUGAAGAAAAUGAAUGUCUCAAACAGGAAUUAGCCAAUGCCAAGAUGGCCCUUGCUGAAGCUCACUUGGAAAAAGACACUUUGCUUUAUCAAAUAAAAAGGAUGACUACUGAAAAUCAACGGUAGCAGGCUCUGUAUAGCUGUAGAAGAAGAAGGGAUACUUUCUUUGCUACUGUUUUGUGGAUGCCUUUUUUAAAACCUGAGCUCAGAACAAAACUUGUAUAAAAUAUUCAUUUUUAGGAACAUCUGCAAAGCUUUGGGAUUGCAGAGGAGUGUUUUCUGUGGCUCUGAUUAAGCAGCAGUUAUGCAGGGAAAAUCAGUUUCUAAUAUAUGUAACUAUUUGUUUAAUAGGAGAGAUCCUUCAUUUCAUUGUUUAAUAGGAGAGGUUCUUCAUCUAAGGGGAUGUCCAGAGAAAAUUUGAGGAAAUAAGACGGUAUAAUGGGAGAAGAGAGCUAGCAUGAACAUAUGUUAUAAAAUGUACCAUCAUAUACUGUGAUUGUUGGUAGACACAGUUAAAGGGAGAUUAAAUUUGCACUAUAAAUGUAGUUGGACAUAAGAUGGUCCUGGCUAGCAGCUGAAAUUUGAUGUAGCCAGCCUGUGACUGGUCCCCAAGUCAAUAACAUUUGCCUUGGAGUGAGUACCAGAAGUAGAGCAUGGGAAAAACAUUCCAGCCACACAGGAACCAUAAUGGUGCUUAUGUAAGUGUCUACAGUCUUUCCACAAUGGAUGACAUCAGAUUGUUGCCUUGUUUUCUAAGCAGUUCGUCUGUGUCUGGUACUGAGAGGGGUGACAUUUGUUAUCAGAUCAGGGCUGUUUGCAAGGAUGAUCACUGGUAGGCUCAUUAUUUGCACUCAAUGAAACUCAGCUGCCAUCGAUUUUGGUACCCAGUGAAAUUUAAAACAGAUUUUUGUAAAAAGUGUACUCUAACUGUGCAUCACUAUGCUAGGUAAGGAUGUUAAAUAAUUGCCCUGUAGAGCCUAUGAAAUUCCAUGAACCUGUAAAGUUACAUUUUAAAACAUAGAUUACUUGUAAAAAUUGAAAUUCUAAUUUUCAAAUGAAAGAACUGCUUCAUAUGUAUAAAUAAAAGUACAGAUUUGUGCAAGAUGUUCUAAAUCUGAAGAGUUUUUAAAGCAAUGAGCCAAAAUCCACAUUUGUUAGAAAACUCCUUUAGCUAGAAGUAAAUGGUUAAACAAUCUAAAGCAUUUUAAAGUGGUAAUGUAUAGUAUUAUGUUUUCAAAGAUAAGAAUCCUAAAAUCUAUGACUAGGAGUUAGCUGUUUGCAAAACUGGACAAAAUGGAAAUAAUUUUAAUUAAAGCUUUUCUUUAUUACAUCUAUUACCCCUUGUAUUAGUUUGAAAUCCUACCAUAAAGAGAAGUUUAAAUGUAAAUAUUUACUGAUCAUGGCACAAGUUAUCACAAUUAUCACAAGUCUCAUACUUUUUGCAGUUGAACAUUCCUUUUGGCACUUGUUCCUAGUUUCUGGCUAUUACAUUUUCUUCCAUCCGUUCUUUCAUAUUCCAUCACCGCUCAUUUCAUAUUCCAUCACCGCUUUCUGUCCAAUGGAAGAUCAACAGGCUAUCUUAAAAUGGCCUAACUCCAUGAAAAUGAAAUGUUGUUAAAUCUAAAUUAGGAACAAUGCAAGCAAGCAAUUAACAAAAUGGGUGCUAAUAAAUCUUCAGAUUAUACAUUAA